AUGGUCUCUCACCGACCGGCGGAUCGUCAACAGAGUCCGCCUCUACGUUCCUAUCGUCGCCAGAGUACGCCCCCUCAAUACCUCCGUCACCGGAGCUCCCACAAAUUCAGCCUACGUCCAGGGUCGUGGAAGUGGCGAAUCCCUCUGUCGCACCGUCACGCACUCCUCCGACUCGCCCGCCCUCCCCGGUACCAUUCCAUGAUGGCCUCUCAGGCCUCUCACCGGCCGGCGGAUCGUCAACGGAGUCUGGCUCUACGCUCCUAUCGUCGUCAGAGUACGCCCCCUCAAUACCUCCGUCACCGGAGCUCCCACAAAUUCAGCCUACGGUACGCGGUAUUGAAUUACUCGAAUUGUACAUUAUGACUUGUUUACAAG